UCCUGGGUCGAGAAGAGUCCGGACUGGUGUGCACCUAACAAGCUGAUAGCGCUGUAGACGCGCUUUCAAAGCAUGGUGACCAAGGACAUCAAGCUCGUCGACGUUAUCCAGGUGAUGCUAAUCUGUCGGAUUCUUCCGUGCCAGUGCCGCAGCCGCACUUUAUGGGAAUUCAAUUCGAAGAAGCACCAGACCCUGAAAAGGCUCUUCGAUACUUCUCACGAAGGGGCCUGGAAGUUGCUCUUUAAGGGCAACGAGAGGCCACCAGCCACAGACUCAGACCGUGGUCACAAUUGUAACCGCCCCGCCAGCGAGAGGGUGAAGAAGAUCCAGUGUCCGGCUCCAUUGCCCGAAGAACCAGUCAUCCUGCGCCUGGUGAAGAUGCUGGUGCCGACGCCAUAUACGGUGCCGGAGAAGAAGGCUAAGAAGAAAGCCAAGGGGGCCAAGAGCGGCCCCCGUUGCAAUGGCACUUCGUACGCGGCGUCCGAAGACGAUGAGGCCCAUUCCUCUGUCCCUGAGGACAACGAUGAGGAAGAGGAGGAGGAGGAGGAAAACGACCCUCCUCCCGAGGAGAAGAAGAAGAAAAGGGUGGCCUCGACACAUUUGGAGGCGCAAGUGCCCCAAAAGGGGAAGGGCGCCCCAGCGGUCAACACCGCGUGGGAUGCUGAUAGUAGUCCGAAACGUCACCCCCGUACUAGGCCCCAUGCCGCAUCUCUGGCCCGUGACCUUAUCCAACGAUCCUCAUAUGAAGGUUCGUUGGCUCUGUCGGAGAUGGUGAGCAUGUCGCCACCACCUGCUUAG